UUAAUUUUUACGGUUCAACACCCACUCCCCUUCUCUCUCUCUCCUAAAGUUGAAGUCUGCUUAUGGCCUGCGAUGAACAAUAGAGCUGCAAAGGAGCGACGAGCGACGACAAGCGGCGAUGAACAACGGCAGCGGCAAACAGUAGCAAGCGGCGUCGAGUGGCAAAGGAGUCAAGACGAGCAGCGGUGGCCAGCGGCGAGCAGCGAACAAGCCACGGCGAGCAGCAGCGGCCGGCGACGAGCUUUGUUCAGAUCCGACGGUGAAAUUGAGGCUCGUUAUUCUCACAUCUGCAAUGCCGGAGGGCGAACCUGCGGCAGUGGCGAUUGGUGGUGGUCGGUGGUGGAUCUGGCCAGAUCUACGACGGCGGAGGCCAGAUCUGCAGCAGCGGCUAUUUCAGAGGCGGAUGGCGGCAAGCGGCGACCUUCAGCUGACGAAGGUCCGGUGGCGGUCGACGGUGGUCCGGCGUUCUGUCAGCAGCAGUGUGUUUUCCAAACUUCAGGGGUGUUUUUGUCCAACUACAAAUAAUAACUUCUAUUUGGGGAAUUUUUAACAUUCACUCCUAUUUUGGCAAUUAAAGAUUUAUUUACUCCUAUUUAGAUAAAUCUACCAAAAAAAAUCUUUCUAGCUAGAUGUCUUAUGCUAAGAAUGUCUAGUUGGGUUGUGUUAGACCCCUUUUUAUUUUACCGUGUAACAGGUUGUAUGAUGUGAGUUUUUUCGCACUUAAAAUAAGUAAUAGAAUAGUGGUGUAAGUA